GAGGUGCGGCACUACUUCCAUCGCCUCUUCCUCAUUAAGAGUAGAGUUGUGUUCACGUGAGGUUGUGUCUCCUUUUUCCACAAAAAUAGGUCACACAACCCACCUCCAUUAUCGUGAAUUAACUCUCCUAUAAAAACCACUAAAAAAACAAAAAAAAAAUAUAAAAACACAUAAAAAAACUAACCAAAAAAAUCGCAAAAUCGUAGCCGAGAAAAUCCGCGAGAGAAAGUGAGAGAAGAAGAACGAGUAAGUAACUUGGACGUGAGAAAAAAAUCAUCAUUGCAUAUCUUCGCUCGAAGUGCAAGCGAGGAUAUUGAGGAUACACACACAAGCAGCUCUCAACGACGACGACGACGACAACGACGACGCAGUCUACAGCAGCGGAAAGUAUACAAGGCCCAGCAUUCAAUAACUCGUCUCGCAUCGAGGGAUUGUGUGAGCAGCUGUUGUUGAAGAGCGAAGAACGAGAGGCAACUCAAAAAAAAGUAACGCAGUAACGUUUCAUUUUUUUCUCCCCCCCUUACCGACCCCCAUCUACACACAUACACACAACACGCACACAGAGAGAGAGACACACACACACGUUUAAAAAACAAAAAAAGGAAGGAAACGAGGCAAAAAAAACCAUAAGAAAAUCUUCAAAAGCAUAAAAAAAAGGGAAAAAGCGAGAAAAAAGUACACCGGAGUCAACCCCAUUGUUGGACUUCCUCUCCGAGAGUAUAACCUAUACAAGAAGACACGAGUAGAAGAGGAUAAAUCAAGAUGAAUCCCGGAGCUCCGAACUACCCGAUGGCCUCGCUCUACGUGGGUGACCUGCACUCGGACAUCACCGAGGCGAUGCUGUUCGAGAAAUUCUCGUCGGCCGGACCUGUACUGUCCAUCCGCGUCUGUCGUGACGCCGUCACCCGCCGUUCCCUCGGCUAUGCCUACGUCAACUUCCAGCAGCCCGCUGACGCGGAAAGAGCUCUUGACACCAUGAACUUCGACAUAAUUAAGGGACGUCCGAUCCGUAUUAUGUGGUCUCAACGUGAUCCAUCUCUCAGGCGAUCCGGCGUCGGAAAUGUCUUUAUUAAAAACUUGGAUAAAAACAUUGACAAUAAGGCCAUGUACGAUACGUUCUCGGCUUUUGGAAACAUCCUUAGCUGCAGGGUUGCCCAGGACGAGUCAGGCUCGUCCAAGGGUUACGGUUUCGUGCAUUUCGAGACCGAGGAAGCCGCUAACAAGUCUAUCGACAGGGUCAACGGAAUGUUGCUGAACGGCAAGAAGGUCUACGUCGGCAAGUUCAUCUCCCGCAAGGAGCGCGAAAAGGAGCUCGGCGAGAAGGCCAAGCUCUUCACCAACGUCUACGUCAAGAACUUCGGCGAGGACAUGACCGACGACAAGCUCAAAGAAAUGUUUGAGAAGUACGGUACGAUCACCAGCCACAAGGUAAUGAGCAAAGACGAUGGCAAAUCGCGCGGCUUUGGUUUCGUCGCGUUCGAAGAUCCGAAUGCAGCUGAUCGAGCUGUCGCCGACUUGAACGGCAAAGAGAUAGCCGAGGGCAAGAUCAUGUACGUCGGCAGAGCCCAGAAGAAGGCCGAGAGACAGCAGGAGCUCAAGCGCAAGUUUGAGCAACUUAAGAUCGAGCGGCUCAACAGAUACCAGGGCGUUAAUCUGUACGUCAAGAAUUUGGACGACACCAUCGAUGAUGAGAGGCUCAGGAAAGAGUUUGCUCCAUUCGGCACCAUCACUUCCGUGAAGGUAAUGAUGGAGGACGGUCGUAGCAAGGGCUUCGGUUUCGUGUGCUUCUCGCUCGCGGAGGAGGCCACCAAAGCCGUGACAGAGAUGAACGGCCGCAUCGUCGGCUCGAAGCCUUUGUACGUGGCUCUGGCCCAACGCAAGGAGGACCGCAAGGCCCAUCUUGCUUCGCAAUAUCUGCAGCGCGUGGCUAACAUCCGUAUGCAGCACAUGGGCCAGGUGUUCCAGGCCGGCGGUGCCGGCAGCUACUUCGUGCCGACGCUGCCGCAGCCUCAGCGCUUCUACGGACCGGCUCAGAUGGCACAAAUACGCACCACCCCGCGCUGGCCCGCUCAGCCGGUCAGGCCCAACGCCCAGGCCGCUGGUUCCAACUUCGCAACUAUGCAGACACCCUUCAGGGCUGCCCCGAGGGCACCCACUGCCCAGUCCAGCAUGGCGCGCAACGCGCUUUCUGCAAGACCCAUCACAGGCCAACAAGCAGUCCCUGGAGCUGCCAACAUGCAGAACCGCUCUAUGGCUGGACCAGCGGUCGGCGUCUCACCACAGUCGCGAACCUCCAACUACAAGUACACCGCGAACAUGCGCAACCCGCCGCAGACCAUGGCAAUGCCAGCCCAGACUCCAGCUCAGCAAGCUGUGCACAUCCAAGGCCAGGAGCCGCUCACUGCUUCUAUGCUUGCCGAUGCCCCGCCGCAGGAACAGAAACAGAUGCUUGGCGAGCGUCUCUUCCCGCUCAUUCAGUGCAUGUACCCCCACCUUACUGGCAAGAUUACCGGUAUGUUAUUGGAGAUCGACAACUCCGAGCUGCUUCACAUGCUCGAGCACGGAGAGUCGCUCAAGGCCAAGGUCGAGGAGGCCGUUGCUGUACUGCAGGCUCACCAGGCCAAGCAAGCCGUCAAGAAGGAGUAAGCAGGAUGAAGAACAUUAACGCCAGCAGCCCUUCUACUUUAUUAUUUUUUAAUUCUUUCUUCUGUACGCGGGCGGUCUCGCGCCGCUCCACUUUAUUUGGUUAUUUUCUCAUUACUUUUUUUUCUAUACUUUGGUGCAUCGAUUAUGCUACUCGUGCGUUUUACCACCUUAUAUACGUAUCGUUCUUUUGGUUUUCUUUUCUUUUUGUAUGUACUACGUUAUCACAUUAUGUGCGUGCCGUCACACGCACGGUUGGUUCGGGCGUCACGAAAUUUCGUUGUACAGGGGCUUUUCUUUUUACACAAGUUGUUGCGAAGGCUCGAGAGUACUUAUAACACGCUCGAGUCAGAGAUAAAGAGAGACGCAGAGAGAAGAAAGACAUGCCGAGAGAUUUUUCGUACGAUUAUUGGAUUUGUAUAACUAUACUUUUGACAAAAGACGGAAAUGUAACGCUAUCGACCACCCCUUGUUUACUUUCCUUAAAUUCUUUUCCAAAAAAUGAUUAGCUCUAUUCUGUGAAUUGGAGAGAGAGAAUAAAAUUUUCUUUUCAAACUA